AUGUUCAACCCAGACCCAGCCCGGCAGUCGUGGCCUCGUCCUCUGGCCCCAAUCCGGGCGGCCUUGGGCUCGCCAAGUUCCGUAAGCUCUUGGCCCACGUUCCGCCCGGGCCCGCUCUCCCGACAUCGUGGCGUCUACGGACGUAUCCACUUCUUCCUAUUACCGAAAGCGCUCCCGCAAAGCGCCCCAUCCCGUCCCGUGGACCGCGGCCAGGCGGGACCUGAGAGCGCGAGCCGACCCGAGCCAGAAGCGCUCCACCCAAGCCCCGCCCAAGCGGUGCGCAUCCGGGACGGCCUCGCCCUCUCCUCCAACACUACCGGAAGCCGUCUCUAUAGGGCCUGGGGGUCUCAACGCACGUUAGCGUCGCCUCCCCCCGCGCCUCCCACCGCUGUGAGUGGCGUCGCGGACACACCGAACCCUACGACUGGCUCGGGGGUCCCAGUUGGUUUCGGUUUGGAUCUUUCGGAGUCGGUCCCGCCUGUGGUGCGCGGGGCCCUCGGGCCUUCAGACGCCGCCUGCCGCCUUGUGUCCCUGGGCACCCGUGUCCCCCGCGCCGCGUUUGACGUCUCGAGACCCAGCUUGCCUGGGACAGAAGCUCAGAGGAGGAAAGUCCAGGCGUCAAGAAGGACUCUUUCUCAGGAACUGUUGACGUUCAGGGAUGUGGCCAUAGAGUUCUCUCAGGAGGAGUGGGAGUGCCUGGACCCCGCUCAGAGGGCCUUGUACAGGGACGUGAUGUUGGAGAACUACAGGACCCUGGUCUCCCUGGGUGAGGAUAGUUUCCCUGCAGAGGUUGGGAACUGCUCUAGGCUACCUUUGUGUUUCUUUUGGGAGGCGCUUGAGAGUCCCUGCCCUGUUUGACUGAGAGUGAAGCCUUGCUGAUCCAGAAAUGAAAAGCUUCACACCGAGGUGUCUGGAUUUGAAGUGCCCCCUUUCGUCCGAUGACGUGCUCACUACAUGCAGGUUAGUGGUGGCGCUAGAAGUUGAGGAGACACAAGACUUUAUGUCAAAACUUUAAAACAUCGGAUUGCCUGGUUUUACUCCUGUACUCUUGAUUCAGUAGUUCUGGGAAGAGAGCUGGAUAUCUGUGUAUGUCAGACAUUCAAGCAUUUGGAAGAUGUAGGUCGGUCACUGAACAAGUCUGUGAAAUGCUAUUCACAACCCGCCUAUGUUG